AUGGCCUCUGAGCGUGUCGAGCUAGUCCAGCAGGUGGAAGGAGCUGGGACGGGAGGACAAAGCGAGGCUCGACCACCCUCACGCCCCCACUCUCGUCGCUCGGCAUCCCCUUCACCUCCUCGACGCAGCAAGCGAGACGGCACAGACGACGAGGAGGACGUCGACGAUACGUACGGGGUGAGAACCGGGCAGGAGGAAGGGGGGGAGGUCGAGAAGAGACCGUUCUUCUUCCCGCCGCUUUGGUUGAGCAGGAGGACGGCAUGUGUGAUGGAAUUGAAGAAGGCGGGCAUUCGCAGCGUCGCCGACGUGGGAUGCGGCGCCGGAACCCUCCUGUCAAUUCUCACCCUGCCAGCGUACCACAGAGACGACUUCCCUUCGCUCUACCCACCCGCGCCGUGGGAGUCUCAACCUUCUUCUCCCGCGCCCUUCGACACUCCCGCCCAGCCACCUCAGACGAAGCAAGAAAAGCUCACCGUCCUUCGCUCAAUUCCGCGUGUCCCGCCGAACGAGAACGAGCUGCACCUGCGGCGACUCAUCGGCAUCGACAUCGACCGGGCCGAGUGCGAGUUGGCGGCGAAAGUCGUCAAGGCGCCGACUGAAUCGUCCGGCUCGUCGCAGCGGUGGGAGGACCUGUUUGUCGAGAUUUACGAGGGAGGCGUCGAAGUGCACAACGACGCGCUCCUGAACGUCGAGGCCAUCGUCUUGACCGAAGUCGUCGAGCAUCUCACGCCUACUGCGCUCGCUCGCCUCCCGAAUCUCCUCUUCUCCGUCUACUCGCCCCGCCUGAUCGUGAUCACCACUCCAAACCACGCCUUCAACCCUUACUUCGUCCCCUCUCCUCCGUCUACCUCUCGCCGACGACCUCGCCAUUCGACUACCGGCACCGACGACGAGGAGUCGCAUCUCCACCUGGACCCCUCAGGCCGGACGAACCGCGUCUUCCGCGACGCGACCCACCUCUUCGAAUGGACGCCCGAAGAGUUUCGCUCGUGGUGCGGAGAGGCUCUCGCGGCUCACUCGAGCGAGGACGAGUACGACUUGCGCUUUACGGGCGUCGGGUCGCUCGCUUCGUACUACUCGAAGACCGAGACGGGCGAGGUCCAGUUCCCUCCGCCGUCGCUCGACAAACACCCUGCCCUCGCGUCGUACCCUACGUCCGUUGCACCCCCCGAAAACCCGCGCGAGUUCUUUGCGACCCAAAUCGCCGUUUUCACCAAGCGCUUCUCCGGCGAACCCGAGCGCUCGCCUCGCAGCGCACGACCCGUCCCGCUUCCUUUCUUCACGCCUUCGUCCGCCUCAUCCGCGACCACCUCCCCCUCAUCCGCCACGAUCCCCCUCUCACCCGCCGGCUCGACCCGCCCUCCCCUCGGCUCUCGUCAAUCCUCCGCCCUUCCGAUCCCUCACAAACUCGUCUACUCGACGACGCACCGUGCCGAUCUCGCUUCGUCUUCCCCCGCCUCUUCAGCCGAACUCCUCUCCUCCCUCUCACUAAUCUUCCUGCACAAACGCCGUGGAGACACCAUCUCCCUCUCGGACCUCUGGCGCAAUCUAGAGCUGCGCGAAGCGUGUGGCGGAGAAGUUGGGAGAAUGGUGGAUGCGCUUGUGGAGGACGACGAGGAGGGCGAGUGGGAGGUUAGUAGGUUGGGAGAGGGGGAGAAGAAGGGGAAGGAUGCGUUGGGUGUUAGGUGGAGGGUGUAUGAGGAGCGGUUGGAGGAAAUGUGUGCGGAGGAGGAGCGGGAGAGGCUGGAGCAGGGAGACGAACAGGAGCAGGACGAGCGGGACGAGGAGGAGCAGCUCGAGCUGAGUGAGGAUGAGGGCCACGCUCGUCACGAGGCAGAGAAGCAGGAUAGCCCGUGGGGAGGACGAAGCGGCUGGGGUGCGGGUCAAGGGAACGGCGGACAAGAAGGAGGAGCGGCGGGGCAGGAUUGGCGCGUAGCGCAGGAGGCGGCGCAGGCGCAGCCGAGGGGGAGCGGCUGGGCAGAUGACGAGUGGUAG